GUUUUCUCUCUCUCUCUCUCUCUUUCUCACCCUUCCCACCCCCACCCCCCACCCCCGACUCAGUUCCCUUUUUCGUCCGCUCCCUCCUUUGCCUCUGGAAAGCAGCCAGGGGCCUUUGCUUGCAUCGCGUAUUGGUUCGGGGAAGCGUCUUUCCACCCGCUCGGCCGGUGGCUUUAAAAAAGGUGAUUGGAUGAUUUCUUUAGCUCCGCGGGGUCGGAGAGGAGAGGGCCAGGUUGCGCGGUCUGCACGAACGCGGGAAGCUUGCGCUGCCGGUGCCAUAAAGGGAAGGGAGAGGAGAGUCUAGCUGCGGCUCAGGCAUGAUCCAAAUCUACCUCUUGGAGGGAAAAGCAUUUGUGUGGAACUACGCAGACGCGCGGCGAAUCCGAGAGGAACAUCGCAUUGUUGGCGUGCUGGUGGGGGCAUUGCCUCGGAAGCCACGGCAGAAUGUUCGGCUUGGGCUGCCCUUGGAAUUGCUUCCUGAAGAGGCUCAGCUGUUAUUGGACAAGGGGUUGGCAACCCUGGUUAGGAGCCCAACAUCUCAGUCCCUUGGCCAUGGGAAGAACCAGGACUCCUUAUUCCCAGAGAAAGUGGUUGCCUAUGAGAAAGAGCUAGAGGAGAACUACCAGGAGCAGCUGAGGCUCUCUGCAGAACAGAAGAAAACCAUGUUAGAGUCUCUUGCAGACCAUAUAACCCAGGGUCGAGCAAAGAAAUGGCAACGGAAACGAGAAAAAGAUCCCCUUGUACAGCCUGCAGAGUCUGGUUCCUGUUUUGUACUUCCCCGAGAAUCAAUGAUGAUCCAGCUCCCCACUGCACGGACUCAAAUAACUCAAGAAGAAACAGUAGAUUGGCAUGUGGCAUCCCAGUUCUGGCCUUAUGCUGGUCAAGAGCUUCAUGAAACGCGCUACCUCAUUUUCCGGGACCUCUGGGAACGAGGUUAUUAUGUCACAACUGGGAGCAAAUUUGGAGGUGACUUCCUCGUUUAUCCAGGCGAUCCCAUGAGGUUCCACGCCCAUUACAUCGCGCUCUGUUUUUCCAAAGAUGCACCCAUCUCUCUGUGUGACAUCAUCAGUGCUGGACGCCUUGGCACCAACGUGAAGAAGACCGUCUUACUCUGUUCAGUGGAACAGGAAGGGACUGUAGCAUAUACAUCCCUACAGUGGAGUGGGAUGCAGUGAGAACAGGGAGAAAAGACUUGGAUCCUAGGGUUGCCAGUGGUGAGGUCUGGAAUUGUUAGGAUAUGCUUGGACUAAGUGUUUUUUGUCAGGGCAACCUGGUCUACCCAAUUAUGGGAUGGGGCAUACUGCUUCCGUUUUCGCCUUUCAGCCCCAAUCCAGGAGCCUUCACAGGCAGUCGCUUUCGCGACAAACUAUUUGUUUUGGUAAAACAUAAAUUCAGUAUGCUUGGA